AUGGGAAAAUUUACAGAACCUGAGGCCCCAACAGCCCCAGGCGAGAAGAUUGAAAAAUUCCCUUCAACUAAAGUACCUGAGAAACCAGGCGGCUAUGAAGAUUUGACAUCACUGGGCAAAGAGUUUGUUACUGUGUUUAUGCAGAAUCAUGACCCUAAAGAGACCCCACAACUGGAGCUUCUGGUUACCGGCACUAAACCGUCCACCUCUGUUUCUGUCACAAUUAACAAAUCUGACUUUAGGAAGGACGUUAAGGUUGGAGAGGGAGAAACGGUGUCUAUUCCUAUCACAACAAAUGUAGAGAUGAGCGGAUCAGACACAUCACCAAGUUCUCUAGUGAUUAAAUCUGAUGUUGAGGUUACCAUUGUUUCUCGCAGCUAUAAAUACGGCAGUAGUGACACAGCUUUGCUUUACCCAGUGCAUCUGUGGGGAGUUGAGUAUUAUAUAAUUACCCCUCCAUGGGGGGCAGAUGGAGCUUACCCAGAGUUCUCUGUGAUUAAUCAUGAAAAUCCCACAGUUGUUAACAUUGACCUAAAAGGAGCUGUGAGUUUCCAAGGAAAGAAUUAUCCAAAGGACAGCAAGCUUACACUCACCCUUGAACCUUUCCAGGCUGUCCAGAUUCAGAGUACUGAUGAUCUCUCUGGCACUAAGGUAGUUACUGAUCAUCCUGUGGCAGUCCUCAGUGGGCACACAUGUAGUCAGAAAAAUGGAGAUUGUGGCCAUGUGUAUGAACAGCUGUUGCCUGUGCCCAGCUGGGGAUAUUCAUUCUUUGUCCCAGGCAUGUCCUUCCAGCCCAAGUCUGAUAUUGUAUUUAUUAUUCCUGCUAAAGAUACAGAAAUAAAUUAUCAAUCAGGAUCAGAAGAAGAAAUAAAAAAACUAUUAGCUGGAGAGGUUCUACAAUUAGAAGUUACAGCAUCAUCGCCUUUAAAUAUCAAUGCUGAUAGUAAACUACAGGUCUUAUUUUUUGGUACUGGUGGGACAUUCAACACUAAACAAUUUGACCCUUUCCUUACCAAUGUUCCAGCAACUGAAAGAUUUGCUAUUGCUUAUGAGCUCAUCGGACAAGACAAGUUUGAAACCAAUCUGGCUGUUUUUGUAAUCAAGACCUCAGAUAAACCAGGAAUCACUGUUGAUGGGAAGUUACCAGAAGGUGUUAAAUGGAAAGAAUUCCCUGGAUCAAAGUAUUCGUGGGGAGAAUAUAACUACGGAAGUGGCUUCAGUUAUCACACAGUGGAACAUCCUACAGAACCUUUUGGUUUGCUCAGCAUUGGGUACUCUCCAAGCGUUAGCUACGGAUCUGUGGCACCUUCUAUCAGGGAAUUCCCUUCAACUAAAGUACCUGAGAAACCAGGUGGCUAUGAAGAUUUGACAUCACUGGGCAAAGAGUUUGUCACCGUGUUUAUGCAGAAUCAUGACCCUAAAGAGACCCCACAACUGGAGCUUUUGGUUACCGGCACUAAACCGUCCACCUCUGUUUCUGUCACCAUUAACAAAUCUGACUUUAGGAAGGACGUGAAGGUUGGAAAGGGAGAAACGGUGUCUAUUCCUAUCACAACAAAUGUAGAGAUGAGUGGAUCAGACACAUCACCAAGUUCUCUAGUGAUUAAAUCUGAUGUUGAGGUUACCAUUGUUUCUCGCAGCUAUAAAUACGGCAGUAGUGACACAGCUUUGCUUUACCCAGUGCGUCUGUGGGGAGUUGAGUAUUAUAUAAUUACCCCUCCAUGGGGGGCAGAUGGAGCUUACCCAGAGUUCUCUGUGAUUACCCAUGAAAAUCCCACAGUUGUUAACAUUGACCUAAAAGGAGCUGUGAGUUUCCAAGGAAAGAAUUAUCCAAAGGACAGCAAACUCACACUCACCCUUAAACCUUUCCAGGCUGUCCAGAUUCAGAGUACUGAUGAUCUCUCUGGCACUAAGGUAGUUGCUGAUCAUCCUGUGGCAGUCCUCAGUGGGCACACAUGUAGUCAGAAAAAUGGAGAUUGUGGCCAUGUGUAUGAACAGCUGUUGCCUGUGCCCAGCUGGGGAUACUCAUUCUUUGUCCCGGGCAUGUCCUUCCAGCCCAAGUCUGAUAUUGUGUUUAUUAUUCCUGCUAAAGAUACAGAAAUAAAUUAUCAAUCAGGAUCAGAAGAAAAAAUAAAAGAAUUAUUAGCUGGAGAGGUUCUACAAUUAGAAGUUACAGCAUCAUCACCAUUGAAUAUCAAUGCUGAUAGUAAACUACAGGUCUUAUUUUUUGGUACUGGCGGGACAUUCAACACUAAACCAUUUGACCCUUUCCUUACCAAUGUUCCAGCUACUGAAAGAUUUGCUAUUACUUAUGAGCUCAUUGGACAAGACAAGUUUGAAACCAAUCUGGCUGUUUUUGUAAUCAAGACCUCAGAUAAACCAGGAAUCACUGUUGAUGGGAAGUUUCCAGAAGGUAUUAAAUGGAAAGAAUUCCCUGGAUCAAAGUAUUCGUGGGGAGAAUAUAACUACGGAAGUGGCUUCAGUUAUCACACAGUGGAACAUCCUACAGAACCUUUUGGUCUGCUGAGCAUUGGGUACUCUCCAAGCGUUAGCUACGGAUCUGUGGCCCCUUCUAUCAGGGGACCGGCCUUAACUUUAGUGCAGGUCCUGGGAGCUAAGCGCAUUAAGCCUCCUGUUAGCAUGACCGGCUCUUGCAAGAAGAAGAUUGGAAUAGCGCAGUCUCCAGAGCCUGUUAAAAACCUAAGAAGCCAACAGCACCAGGAGAGAAGAUUGGAAGUGAGUGAGGAUUUUGUAUCUGAUAUCUUCUGUUAUCUACAGCAAAUCAUUGUUUGA